UCUCGUAGGAGUGUCAGUCAGAUGAGAAAGAAGUGAAGAGCCAUCAGCGAUCGAGAAGAUGGCAAGAUGCGGCCGGAGCUUGAGAAAAGUCGCCGAGUGUGUCAAACAGUUACCCUCCACAGCAAGCAGGGACAUUCACAGCAGGAAUAACGUCAAGUAUCUGUCGUCAUGCGGGAUCCUGACGACACGACUGUCUCCGCUGCUGGGCUCGGUCAUGUCGGGGCGCAGCGCCGGCAUGGCGUUACCCGUGCGCACCUUCUUCAAUUUUGCCGAUUCCUUCUCCAAGAGGAAGGAGUAUUCUGAGAGACGCAUCAUAGGGUAUUCCAUGCAGGAGAUCUAUGACGUGGUGGCAGGCGUGGAAAACUACCGCCUCUUUGUUCCCUGGUGUAAAAAGUCAGACGUGGUCUUCAAGAGAUCUGGUUUCUGCAAGGCCAAGCUGAUGGUGGGCUUCCCUCCUGUGGUGGAGAACUACACCUCGCUAAUCACAACAGUACGCCCCCACCUGGUCAAGGCUUCCUGUUCAGAGGGGAAACUCUUCAACCACUUGGAGACGACUUGGCGUUUCAGCCCCGGUCUCCCUGGUUACCCUCGGACCUGUACUGUGGACUUUGCUAUCUCCUUCGAGUUCCGCUCCCUCAUCCACUCCCAGCUCGCUCACGUCUUCUUCGACGAGGUGGUGAAGCAGAUGGUCUCCGCGUUCGAGCGCCGCGCCUCCAAGGUGUACGGCGCCGAGACGCCCAUCCCCCGCGAGCUCAUGUUCCACGAGAUUCACCACACGUAGCGACGCCCGCGACGGACGCAAGCAACAGAACACCACGCACGCCCCGACGACGCCAACGCCAGAGAAGAAAGCGAGGGAGGAGAGGAGGAAAGAAACGUGCUAGACAGACAGAAAGAAAGAAAGAGAGAAAGAAGAGACUUCCAGGUUUUCUCACUGAAACAAAACUGCAGUGCCUUUUUCUCACAGCGACGACCAAGUUCACAUCUGUGGACGUGGAUCCAGCUGUGAACUUUACCCCUCCAUGCUCAACAUUUAAGUUCUUUUUUUAUCUUUUUUCUUUCUUUUCUCUUCAUCAUCAGAACUCUGUGACGCCGAGGUCACAGGUCACGAGGAGAAACCGUGGCUCGUACGUCCGUCAUCACAUCUGUAAACAUCAGUGUUUGUGGAGAGAAUAACGUCAGAGGGCAGAGGUCAGUCGCAGGGACGGGACACACACACACACACACACACGCGUCGCAGGAGUUGAAAUAAUAUUCAGCUUUUCAAGCGACACUCGCCGGACUCUUUGUUUCUGUUGAAUUUAAACACACAACUCAACCUGUGCUGAGUUAAAUGUCAAAAACACGGGACAGGAGGAUGUUUUUUAGCUUUAAUUUUCAUAGACGCACACACGCAGGUGACACUCUGUUUGCUUUACACAUCAUUUAGACUCAAAUAGAGAAUAAAAAGUAUUAAAAGAACGCACAAUGCAAGCGAAAAAGUAUGUUUUAAAGAGGUGAGGUUUAUGGGUUCAGGGGUCAAACUGACCUCUGACACCUCAACAAAUAACUCCACUGUUGUUGAGUUAAAUGUAAAGAGAGAGAAAGUAAAAGCUCCGACUAAAAUGGAGAAUAAAAAGUAUUAGAAGAACGUACAAUGUAAGCAAACAUUUAAGAUUAAAGAGGACAAACUCAUUUUAACAAUGAAACACACUGAAAAAAGCAUAAUAUGUCCCUUUUAAGUCCCUGAGAUCCUCAGUUUAUAUGCCUUUAUUAUGUCAUUAAUGGAUCCUGGACCUAAACCAUGGGAUCAGGACUUUCUUUAGAACUGGACGUCUGACCCCAAGACAUGUGGACGUCAGAGCGCGAGCAGCUUCUUAUUUACAUAUUUACACCGUCCAACGUUUAAGAUCUCAUUCCACAAAUGUUCCUCAGAAACAACCCUCUCAUCUUCCUCUUCAGUUAGAGUCAGACCGUCCAUCCUCCCUCCUCCUCCUCCUCCUCCCUUGCCGCUGCCGUUAUCCCUCUGUGUCAGGAGCACAGAUUAAGGUUUAAAGUGAGCGUAAACUUUCCCACUGAUGAUGAUGUGAUGACUGUCAGACCAGGGUCCAACAACAACAACAACAACAACAACAACGACAACAAAAGUGUCAAAAACCUCCGUGUUUGUCUGCGAUGACGUGAAGCUGAAGACUUGGUCGACUUCAAGACGCUAAAAUGCUCCACGGUUUUUACAGAAAAUACAAAUAAUUGACCUAAAAAAUACUUAUUAGCUAUAUAUUAGCUCUAAGAAGAAGCGAAAACCCAAAUCACAUAUCAAAACACUUGAAAUAACAGUGAUUUUGGUCCAAAAAAGUGUCCACAGACCAAAAUGUAUUCAUUUUUCUGAUUUCUUUGUUAAAUGAAGCAAAGAAACCAGGAAAUAUUCACAAUUAAGAAGCUGAAAAACAAAUAAGCAAAUGAUCAGAAAUUGUUGAAGAGAAAUCACUCAGAAAAUCAAACGCUGUGAUUGUCAAGUGUUUAAAGUCAUAAUAAAUGACUUAAAACUGAAAUUUCACCUCAAAAUACCUUCAACUCCCAUAACAGCAGGAGUGAUCCUUUCAAAAUAAAAUACCCGACGAUUAGCUUUAAAGCUUUAUUUAUUUAACGGUGCUUUCUGCGACAACGUGUCGACUCACUUUACGUCACGUCACUUUCACAUCUGUCACGUUUUUUGUCGUCGUAAACACGAAAACAAAGAAACCCACGAAGUCGCCCGAGUCUUGUACGUUGAAAACAUCGCAGACGAACAAACAAACCUGCUGUAAAUAAUUAGAAUAUAAUAUUGUUUUAAAGGUUAAAGGCCAGAGGCAGGUUCAUUAAACACUCAGUACGUUUUUCACGCACAGUUCACUCGACGCUGACAUCACAUGUGGCCACACGUGGCCCACGAGCCGCUGGUUUGAAACCUCUUGAUUCUGUCCAUUGACGUAAAAAAUAUCUAAUUCAUUAACAUUAAAAUUAAAAAUGUGUUUUAUCGCGUCGGACUAAGAUGAUAAUUCUAUAAAAACUCACUGUGGUGUAAAUGUACUGAGUGACGUGUUACCAUGACGACAGAGCGGUGAACUUGACGUACUGUACACUAUCAGGAAAGCACACACGCACACCUUUUAAUGGUGCUUUUAUUCUUUUCUUUUUUUUUUUUUUUUUUUAGCAGAAGCUAAAGUGUUUAUUAUUGUUAUAAUUAUUCAUAUUAUUAUUAUUAUAAUAAUAAAUAUUAUAAUUUUGACGUCUUUGUUGAGAGAGAGAGAGAGAGAUGCUAAAUUAUACCGUAAAAGGUGUUUGUUAUUUUCCGUUGUUUGUUUGUUUUUGUUGUUUUUCUUCAGUGUGCAAUACGAGCAGUGGAAGUGUUUAUUUCUUUGUAUAUAUGUGUGUGUGUGUGUGUGUGUGAGGGAACACAGCUGAGAAAACCCCCAGCAUCAUUAUGACAAGUUUGAACUUUAAACUCUUCUUUCGAUUUACCACAGUAAAAUAAUCUCUUUUUUUAUUUUCUAAAAAAUAACAAAAAUACACUUUAGAAACUGACGAGCGGAGCAAAAUGUAUCAUAUCUUUGUUAAAUUGUUCCCUUUUUAGUGACGAGUGACAUCGUGACACACUUUUAUGCAGCACAAUCUGAAAUGAUAUAUUUUUAAAGUACAUUUUACUGUAAAAAAAGAAGUGAAAUUAUAUUCAACUGGGCAUUUUACAACAAACAAACAAAGAAAUAUAAAUAUAUUUAUAGUAUAAAUGCAUUAAUAAGGGAUCACGUUCAUUUGUACAGCACUUAUUAAACACGUACACAGAUUACACUCAGAUUAUAGUGUUUCACAAAACUUUACCCAUUUAUUUCACUAUAUUAAUUGUUUUUAUCACAUUAUUAUUUUGGAAAAAACGGCCGUUUAAAUAAUCACAACAUUAUUUUUAUACAUUACAUUUACAUUUUUAUACAUCCAUACAUGUAUACAUAUACUGUAUAUAUAUGUGUGACAAAUACGUUCAUUCAUUCAUUCAUUCACAUGCACAAAAAGCUUAUAUUCACUGUCUCACCACAAACAUGAGGAAAAAUCCGAGACCACAGAUUAGAUUAUAUAAAAUGAGUUAAUCCAAAGAAUAAAUCAAAUAUACUGUAAAUUAAAAUUUUAAAUUUAAGCCUAAAAUUAAAAGUACGAUUUUAGCUCAAAGCGACACAGAAGACAAAAAGUCAUUAAAAUGGAAACAAGUUCUAAAUAAAAAUUCCCCCCCAAAAAACCAUAUACUAUAAAUAGAAACGAUAUUGUGAUGCCACGAAUCGUUAGCAUUUUAACAUCGUAGCAGACAAAACUGUUUUCCUCGCAAUAUUGAGCUUGCGUACUGUAGCUUUAAUAAUAGUGAGAAGUGAGCUCCACGUCGACGAUUCAAAUUAACGUUGUACAUAUUUUAUUUUGUGACCUUUAUUUGGUAAAAUGCCCGAAAAAUUAGGAUUAGUUAUUGUAAAUGUUUGGAAAUGAUGCCGCUGCAGCUGUUCUGUUACUGUUAUUGUUUCUAUCGUAGACAAUAAAUGAAUAAAUAAAUGAAUAAAUAAAUGAAACAACA